AUGGAUCCAGAGGACGGUUCUUGGGAAGCCGAAGAAGGCGUUCCCCAUAUCGAGGACCCCUUCAUCCAGCGCUUCCUCGCUGGUCGUCUGUCUCUGAUCCAGAGGGAAGAAUCCCAGCGCCAUGAUGCGAAUCUGCAAAAGUCCUUGCCUCCGGUAGCCCAAAGGGCCUGCCAGAUCGUUUCCCGAGUGUGCGCUCAGGAACUGGCCCAACUCCAGCAAGAUGGUUACCAGUCAGACGGCAUCCCGCAUCCGAGCCGCAUGUCGGACAGGGACAGGGUGCGGCUAGAGAGCUCCGAUCUCUGGAGGCUUGUGCGACAUCUGCCCAAAGGGUCCCUCCUGCAUGGUCAUCUGCCUGCUAUGGUCGAUACGGACUUUCUAAUCGAUCAGGCGUUUGCUACGCCAGGGAUCCACGUAUCUGCCCCUGGCCCACUACUAACGCAGCGCGAUUUCCAAGGCGCGCCGUUCGCCUUUCGAUAUUGCCCUCGAUCCACUGGCGAGCCUAAAGAUAAGCAUUCACUGUGGGCAGAUAGCUACGAACCAUCGACUCCGAUUGACCUACAGAGCGCUGCGGCUUCUUUUCCGGAUAAGGGAGAAUCAGGCUUUCGUCGAUGGCUCAAGAGCCGUUUUACCCUGACCGCCGAACAGUCACAACAUACUCCGAGUGGGAGCAGAGCAAUCUCCGACAUCUUCAAUAUUCGGUUGCCUAUCAUCAACUCAAUUCUUCAGUGCGAGCCUAUUCUGCGCAAAUGCCUACGGCAUAUAUUCUCGGAGUUGGCCGCUGAUAGGAUAAGGUAUGUUGAGUUCAGAGUUGCCUUUACUUUCGAAUAUUUCUUGGAAGGGAGUGAUAGGGCCGAGAAAGACUACAAUGCGUGGUUUCAGAUUCUUCAAGAUGAAAUUGAAACUUUCAGGAAUACUGAAGAAGGAAAAGAGUUCCAUGGUGCUCGGGUAAUAUGGUCAACCAUGCGUGGUCUAUCAAACAAAGACAUUGGCCUCAGUAUGAAGCAGUGCCUUCUCGCGAAGGAGAAAUUUCCUGAAUUGAUCUGUGGGUUCGAUCUACUCGGACCUGAGGCUAACGGGAGGCCACUUAACGAUCUGCUACCCAUUCUGUUUUGGUUCCGAGGACGCUGCGCUGAAGAGGGCGUAGAAGUUCCAUUUCUAUUCCAUGCGGGCCACUGUUUGGGUGAUGGAGACCAAGCAGACGAUAACCUUUUUGACUCAGUUCUGCUGGGCGCUCGAAGAGUCAGCCAAGCUCUUUCGCUAUAUAAACACCCUCUACUCAUUGAUGUUGUCAAGUCUAAGAACAUCCUAAUCGAAUGUUCACCAAGUUCAAACGCAUGUCUCGGGUUCGCCAACUCUUUCCAAUCCCAACCUCUACCGGCUCUUCUAUCCCGUGGUGCCUCUGUCGCCAUCAGCAACGACUCACCCGGCUUGUUUGGGCUCGGACCGAAUGGUCUAACGUCCGAGUUUUACCAGGCUCUACUUGCAUUUCACAGUUUGGGCCUCUCUGGCCUGACGAUGAUGGUGGAGAACUCUAUCCGUUGGAGCUGUUACGAAGACCAGACGUCAAAGGAAUGGAACACAGACAUACAGGAAGCUAUUCUCGGAGAGGGCGUGAAAGCUGGUCGUCUGCACGAAUUCUACGCUGAUUUUGAGAAGUUCUGCGGGUGGGUAGUCCAGGAAUUCGAAGAGAAAUACUGUAAUCCUGAAGAGGACAAUAUCGAUAUCUAG